CGAAGGGCCUAUAUAUAUACCACCCCCUCUUGUGUCUAGCUAUUCUCCAACCACCAGUUUCUGAAGCAAGUAGUGCUGUGAGUGUGAGCUAGCGACCAUUUCAGGAAGAGAACAAGUUUAAGUCCAGUGCUCUUAAUUCUGCUCUUUUGUUGCUUUCUUCGACAGAGCAUAUUAAUUGGCAGUGCUUGAAAGUUGAAACCCAAGCACAUAAUAGCUUCAGUUUGGUGUAGAGAACAUGGGUGUGAGUGGCACUCUUGAGUACUUGUCUGAUCUUCUCAGUAACAGCAGCCGUCGCCGGAGGUACAAGCAGAAGAGGAGGCAGUUCCAGACGGUGGAGCUCAAGGUCAGGAUGGACUGCGAGGGCUGCGAGCUCAAAGUCAGGAACGCCCUCUCCAGCAUGAAAGGGGUGCAAUCGGUGGAGAUCAACCGGAAGCAGUACAAGGUGACGGUGCAAGGGUUCGUGGAGCCGCACAAGGUGGUGAAGCGGGUGCAGGCAACGGGGAAGAAGGCGGAGAUCUGGCCAUACAUCCCUUACAACCUGGUGGCGCACCCCUACGCGGCGCAGACCUACGACAAGAAGGCGCCGCCGGGGUACGUUCGCAGGCAGGACGCCGUCAUGCCGGUCGCAAGCUACGGGUCAGGCCCCGGAGCGGCGCAGGAGGAGCGGCUCACCACCAUGUUCAGCGACGACAACCCCAACGCCUGCUCCAUCAUGUGAUCCAUCCAUCGGUGUGGAGUACUGCUGUGAUGCGGAGAUGAUCAAGAUCAUUUGUGUGUUCUUUGUUGGUGGUGACAUGUAUGUAGAUGAUGUUGUUAUAAAGGAGAAAAAUCAAUAAAGAGAGUAUAUAUCGAGCAGGAAUAUCUCCAGGGUUUUGUCU